AUGGACAACCUAGGUGACUGUGAAAUUGACGAUUGGAUUUUUUUAAUUAAAUGGAGUAUUAAACAAACUCCUGGUUUGAGAAGUAAGAAUAGGCAGAAUAAUGAGAAUUAUGAGGCAUUAAAGAAAACUUUAAGUCAAUUUAUUCCUCUUAUUAGACUCGUUGAAAUUUCUCCUACUGAUUCAUACGAUAAAGUUGGACUUUAUAAAGGUAUUAUUCUUAAUCAUAUUUAUGAAGAAAUUGAAGAAUUUUAUUUUAAAGGUACUUUAUAA